AAUGUCAGCCUGAAACAUAACCACAAAGCCAGAGAACGAGAACGAACAAGCAACAUCUGAUAAACAAACCCAGUCGCCAAUUGCCAUGUUUGCUUCACUUGCAUUUUCGCUAGCAGCUUAGCACGAGAAAAAGAGCCGAACCCCAAAACGUACGUACACACAGGCACAAGAGCGGGGAGCGAGGAGAGAACGGACGGACAGACAGACAGACAACGGCAGCACCAAUUGGAGAUACUACUCGUCCCAGGGCCCAGGCUCACGAUCGUGAAAACCGAAGAUGGGGCUUCAUGGAUGUACAUUCUUGUGUUCCAGCCGACCGUAGUAAAAUCCAGUUUUGAUAAAAAUAAACAAAGCGCAACAAGUACGCUACACUCCGCUGUGACUCAGCAGUGUCCGAUUGUAUCGAUUUGCAUUGUUGUAUUAGUUUUGCUGCAGACUGUUCACUUGGAGGUGAUUGGCUUUGGCUGGAUGGGAGUGGACGGAGCAGAGCACAUUGGAUUCGAUACGGCCCCACAGCAAUGCAUACGACAGCGCAGAGUUAACAACCGUAAAGCGCACAAAUACGAGCCGACAACGGCGUUGCCAGCUAGCCGCCGCGAGCUGCCAGCGGAAGCUUUACAUCCGGACAAUAUUGCUGAUGCCAGUUUGCGGCAAAGCCUGUUGCUGUGCGCCCGUUGUGCCUGCGCUCUCUUCUCGGUUUUCUUUGGACUCGCCUUCGCCAUUGCCAUUGCCUCGCAUUGCCAUCGCCUGAGAGCCAAAAGGCACGUAAACUGCGCUUGA